CUUUGUAUCUCACACGAUCACCAGUCGCAAACGCAAGACAUUGGCACGAGCUCGCUCUUGUCGAUCGUCAUGAGCUCACCUGAAGCAUCGUCGCAGUCUCCAGAUGAGAUGGUCAAUUUCACUCUUCUCAGUCCUGCAGCUGCCCCGAUCCUAGCCCCGCGGCUGGGAAAUUUGGCGGUUGCGGGCAGAAAAGCCAUCCCGACGCCCAAUUACAUUCCGCUCACGUCGCGAGGUGCUGUACCUCAUAUUGCGCAUGAUGUGAUGCGCGACCAGACUGUGGUCGGCAGCUUGUUCAUUGGUCUUGAGGAUUUCAUAGAAAAGCAAGCAAAUACAGGACCGCUCCGGAAUGGAAGACCGCCGAUAUACAAUGUACCAGCUGCGCCGCAUGAAUCUGCCUUGCGCAACCUGUCCCCGAACAACACGCCUAACUCGAUCUCCAUAUUGACGUCGGUCGGGUUCAGGCAGCUAGAGGCUGGUGAAUAUGUGGAAGCAGUGCGGAAGCUACGGCCGGACAUCGUGGUGGGAUUAGCAGACUUGGCCCAGGGACAAACUCCCGGCACCAAGAGGAGGGUAAAGAUGGCUGACAGAACUCAUGCAUUCACUUCGCAUGCAACGGAGCAGCUCUAUGGUCAAACAGUCCCAGAAGAGAGUCGGUCAAAAUCAGCAUACUUUGCGCCGGUGCUGCCGCUUGAGAAUACGCAGCAAUCGCUCUACCUGGCUGAUCUUGAGCAUGAGCUACGCCCUCGCAUCUCCGGUCUCGCACUGCACGAGUCAGCGUCGCUAUCGAUUCUCCCAGAGAAAUUAGGCAACCUCCCCAGACUACUCUUCAGUGAUCCAGCUACACCACACGACAUUCUGCGUCAGGUAUCUCUCGGCGCCGAUAUCUUCACCAUUCCUUUCGUGGAGGCUACCUCGGACGCGGGGAUAGCCUUGGAUUUCACCUUCCCAGCCCCGUCCACAGCAGAGACGACCGCAAGCGAACCUCGACCCCUCGCAUUCGACCUGUGGUCGAGGUCAUUCAAAGUAGACACCGCACCCUUGAACACAUCCUGCGAGUGCUACACAUGCAAAAACCACCACCGCGCCUACAUCCACCACCUACUAUCCGCAAAGGAAAUGCUCGCAUGGACAUUACUCCAGAUCCAUAACCACCACACCGUGGACAAGUUCUUCUCCGCUAUUAGAGCGAGCAUCGAGCGAGGAACCUUCGACACAGAUGCAGACAUGUUUCACAGAGUUUACACCCCAGAAUUGCCCGAGAAAACCGGCGAGGGCCCUAGGCUCCGCGGCCACCAGCUCCCCGCUGCUGGGCCUCACCAACCCCGACGCUUCCCCGCGUCUAUGAAAUUCGCAGAGUCGGAAUCGUCUAUUGCCACGCCAGAUACGGGUGCUGAUGGACUAGAAGCGCAUGGCUUUGCGCAGAAAACAUCCUCUUAG